AUUCUGAGUUUGUUUGUAAGGUUUGCAUACUCACAAAUGAAUGCUUCUGGUUCUACUUCUCUUUCUGCUUCCAUACUUUCAAGUCCUUUGUCUUCUCCAAAUGUCACUGCUCUUCUAAAGAUCAAGAUCAUUUCAUGGAGUCAAGAAACAGGUUUACCCGCUUCAGUUUGUGUCCAUGUUGCUAACAGAAUCUUCAAUCUUCACAAGUAUCCUUUAUUCUCCAAAAGCGGAUACUUCAACAGAAAACUAACCGAAUCAAACGAAAUUAAGUUACCCGAUAACUUCCCAGGUGGACCCGAGGCUUUUGAAAUGAUCUCACUUUUCAUAUAUGGAUCAUCCACAUUAGUCGACCCUUUUAAUGUUGCAGCAUUAAGAUGUGCAUCCGAAUAUCUAGAAAUGACAGAAGAAUACACUUCAGGCAACUUAUGUGAACGUUUUGAUAUAUAUUUAAACCAAGUAGUAUUACAAAGUUGGGAAGACACAUUAAUUGUCCUACAACAAUGUCAAAAUCUUGUCCCAUGGGCUGAAGAGCUUUUGAUUGUGAGUCGAUGCAUUGAAUCUUUAGCUUUCAUGGCUUGCAUGGAGAUUCUUGAUCCAGAAAGAAGAAGAGAUCAACCCGUUGUGACUUUAGAAGCUUUAAGCUUUCAAAAAUGGAGUGAUGAAAUGGUUCAAGAGGUCUUGAGCCAAGAUGUGUGGAUAAAAGACCUUAUCGCCCUUCCGUUUGGGUAUUUCAAAAGGGUAAUCGCGUCUUUAAGAAGACAAGGGAUGAAAGAAAAAUACGUUACACCGAUUGUAUUAUUCUAUGCGAACUCUAUACUUUCUGAUGAAAAUGGAAGGAAAGAAGAUAUAGCUAUGUUGCUAAAAGGGAUUCUUGAUUUGCUUAAUAUGGGUGAAAAGGGUAGUAAGGUAAUUCCAAUUGGGUUUUAUUUCAUUUUGCUAUCUAAAUCGUUGACACUUGAUUUAGACAAGGAGUAUACUCUAAAGUUACAAAAUCAGAUUUCUGGGGUGUUACAUAUGGCGCAAGUUCAAGAUUUUCUUGAAACGGAAAGUGGGACAGGUGGCAUUGAGAUGGAGAUAAUAGAGAAUAUAUUUUCGACUUAUGCUUUGUUUAACAUGUGUGGAAAUAAUAGUCCUUCACCUUAUAAUUUUGUUGUUGCGGAAUUAUGGGACUCAUAUCUUAUUCGUGUAGCUAGUGACAUGAAAAUGGAGUUGAAAAGAUUUAUGGAGCUCAUUGAAAUUGUACCCAUAUCGUGUAGACAAAACCAUGAUCAUCUUUAUAGAGCUUUGGAUAUUUUUCUACAGAUGCAUCCCGAAUUGUCACAGGACGAAAAGAGUACAGUAUGUAGAUACCUCAACUGUCAAAAACUAUCACAAGAAGUUUGUGUCGAAGCCGUCCAAAACGAAUUAAUGCCUCUACGGUUGAUAGUCCAAGCACUUUUCAUUCAACAACUAAACACACACAAAGCCUUAAAAGAAUGUUCAGACUCCUUUCGAUACACACACAAUGGAGACUUUUCAGGAAGUCUCACAAGCUCAAGAUAUGCACACUCGAAAAGCCAAAAUCUUGUAGAGAGUCCAUGUGAUUUACAAGACACGAGAAACAAACCACUAAGUUUUUUGAUACAAAAAGAUUUAUCAUCUCAACAACCCGAGUUACACAAGACAGAAUAUGAGUCUACAAGUUUCAGAAUUCAAUCACUUGAACAACAAUUGAUGACAUUGAAAAGAACCCUUCAAUUACAAAACACGUCCAAGAAAGAUGGACAAGUUUCAACAAAAGGCGAGUUAGAGGGAAGAACAAUGAAUAAAAGGAGAACCCCAAUUGGUCAAGUGACUAAUUGUAUAGGUACAGUGAAUUUUGCUUCACAAAGGAAGUAUGCUAGUAGGUUGCUUAAAGUGUUUAGAAGAUUUAGUUUGUUUGGUAGAACAAAACCCAAGAGAAAACAAAGUGUAACUAGCAUUCGACCAAAAUCAGUGUAAAAAUGUCCC